ACAAGAAAUAUAAGGAAAUCCACGGAAGAACAAUGAAUCCACCCCCCUUUUUUGAAACCCUGCUUCGGCCCCCCCCUUUUUGGAGCUGCUGGAUUCGUCCCUGGAUACAAUCAUACUGUCAACAAGGUGUUCUCAUCAAGUCAUUAGGGUGUUCUCAUCAAGUCAUUAGGGUGUUCUCAUCAAGUCAUUAGGGUGUUCUAAUCAAGUCAUUAGGGUGUUCUCAUCAAGUCAUUAGGGUGUUCUCAUCAAGUCAUCAGGGUGUUCUCAUCAAGUCAUUAGUGUGUUCUCAUCAAGUCAUUAGGGUGUUCUCAUCAAGUCAUCAGGGUGUUCUCAUCAAGUCAUCAGGGUGUUCUCAUCAAGUCAUUGGGGUGUUCUAAUCAAGUCAUUAGUGUGUUCUCAUCAAGUCAUUAGGGUGUUCUCAUCAAGUCAUUAGGGUGUUCUCAUCAAGUCAUCAGGGUGUUCUAAUCAAGUCAUCAGGGUGUUCUCAUCAAGUCAUUAGGGUGUAAUAAUGAAGUGUGUGACAUACAUAUUUUCAAAUAAUUUUCAAUCUUAUUUACUGUACAUUGUCUAUAAACGUUUACAAGUUAGAAAGCCAUUUUUAAGUGCUCAAAAAUGUUCAAUCUCCUAGUGUGAGACUUUCUUUGAUAACAUAGAAAAACACUUUUAGCCAUCAUUCCGUCAUCCUAGCAAGUUUCCAAGUUUGAGAAAGUUAAAAACAAUAACAGGGUGCGGCUUACGAGCUCUGGUAUAUAACACUAGUAAUGAAAACAUGUAUUUAAGAGUCUAAGUGUAGAUAAGCAAUUGAAUCAUUGCGCGCACUUGGUAACUGAACCUUUGCGCACAAUGAGAAAUUGAGCCUUAACUUGCCGUUAGCAAGUAAAGAAUAUGCGCGCACUGUCUUUACGCACCAUGACUAAUUGCGUAUUAGAGAGCCGUGAGCCUUUGCGCGCCGUGAGCAAUUGAACCUUUUUGUGCGCCAUAAACCGUUGCGCGCUGUAGACCUAAACUGGAUCAAAGUCCUUUAUCGUAACCAUCAAGUUCAUAGUGAAGUUAGUUUUAGUCUCUGAAUUGGUAGCUAAUUAAAGCAUGUAAAAUCGUGCCAUCUGUUCAUUGUUUGUUUUGCACUUCGACCUUUUAAAAUCUUUCGCCUUUCAUUGUCUAUUCAAACAGCGUAAAACGAUUUACCAUUUCUUGAAUGGGAGAUAGAAAUAGUUUCGAAUGAAUGUUCCUGUUGACAAAGUGGUAUUGAUACAUAAUUUUUUUUCAUGGUAUUUGUGCAGUUUUAUUUUGACCGUCAAGUCGACAAAAUGUGUCUAUGUAUUUUCAACCCAAUCUAUUUAAGUUGUCAAACAUAUUCAAUCACCUCGCUAAUAGUUAAAACAGUUAAAACUGUUGGUUUGUUCGUCACGUCCGAAGUUUUGUCGCGUACCUCAGAAGCUUAACAAGUUACUGUCUCAAAUUUGUCACACCUUUGAACUUUUAUGAUCUAGUUGAAUGCAAAUCGCUUUUCACGUACGCGAGCAUGCUUUGAAUUACAGGUCAUACCAGGCUCCAACAAUGGAAUUGAACUAAGUAGAGGGAAGAUCUUUUCAGCGUUUUUGUUUUUCAAAACAUUGGAGAUUUUUUUAGUAAGCGAUUAGAAACGUAUUUUAAAAUGAAUGUGGGCAAAAACAUCUACUUCGCAUUUCGUUUCGUUUGAAAUUAAGAUGUGUUGGCCUUUUGUUUAGUACUGGUGUUGUGGAAUUGCUCCUGGCGUUUAUAAACUGUACAAGAAGAUUUUCCUGAGGGCGAUUAUAACGCCUCUAGCAACGCUGUCACUUAUACCCAUCACAUCUCGAUUCAACCCAAGCUAUUAAGAUGCUAUUAGCUGCAAAAAAUCCGUAAUCUCUUUUACAAUCCCCUUGUUUGCCAAGUCUGCAAAACCUCAAGGGUUUUUCAGGAAAAUGUGUUAUGAUGUUGUCAUCGACUUUUUAUUGCGCUGGAUCUAGAAAGAUCUUUCAGUGAUGGAAAUCCAUGGGAGGACAAUACUGCGGCGAGCGACCUGAUUUUAAUGGGAAACACAGGUUUUCUUCAAAGUCACGCGUCUCAAUCGACAACUCUUAUUCUCUUCACCAAAAAUUCUUUACAAAGCUGGAUUAGAGUUGAAUUUCACACUCAAAUUAAGCAGAUAGACGACAAAAGGAGUCUACAUCCAACCUGGGAUGAACUUGUUUAAAUAGUAUUUGUCAUAAGCUUGCAGCAGAUGGUUGACAAUUCUCUUUGACCUCUGCGUGAAGAUGGUCCUCUCCGUUUAGCCCCGGGCUAAGCAUUGUUGCCCAUACGUUAACUUUAAAUUCCUUCGCGAGAACAAGUCGGCUCAGACUUCAAAGGAAUCUUGAAGACGCUGCAACAAAUAAUUGUAAUCUUGUCGGAUCUUCGCUGUAUCAUGUGUUCUGCUUGGUGUUUCUUGUUGGUUGUCCUUCUCGCACAUACAGAAGCCAGGCGUCUGGAGAAGCGAGCGGUCCGAAAUAUAGGUGACGGCAGACAAGCACAGAAUAUCACAGUUGGGUGCUUCUAUCCAAUUGAAAGUAACGCGAAUUUGAAUGGACGCCGAGAAACACGUACUUGCAUGAGGUAUGUCAGAGGUGAAGACGGCAUCUGCAAGAAUACUGUCCCGCCAGAAACCCUCGUGUACUCUGCGGGCCGGGACGAGCAGUUAGAGCGAGAGACUACUCUCAUGACAGUGACUUUCCGUGGUCCACCGGUCAACAACAGCAACUCAAGGUUCAUUCAGCGUACAGUGGAGAUCAUGAACAGCUAUUGUUUUCAGCUCAUCCGGGACAUCUAUUGUCAGCACUACUUUCCGCUAUGCGACCACACCACAGACCCCCCACAGCGCAGGGGAAUAUGCAAGAAAACUUGCGAAGACAUGAACAGCAAGUGCCGUGGAAACUGGACAAACUGGAUGAACGAGUUUAACGGCGUCACGUGGAACGCGCAGGCGCGGAUUGGUAGCGAAAUCGACAACACCGUGCUGAUGGAUUGCAGUAAUCUGCCGGAAAUGGUACAACCGAUCCUUCACGCUUGGACGCCAAGCGAGACAGGGGUCGUCAGUCGAAGCAAGCACGUUAAACGAGAUAAGAAAUCGAAGCAUCGACCUGUCUCCCCAAUAAAAACCAAGAAGCGGCGAACGCGAAGGACUGGGCGUAAGCAGUCACGACGGAACAAGAGUCGCAGACCACAGGGGGCCCGAAACACUGGGGGAAAUCAGUGAGGGAUUAGAUUAGAUCUCAUUUUUAGGAAGUCUUUCCCGCCUUUUUAAUGCAGGUACUCUGAGUGACCGCACUCGACAAUGACAACAGGGGAAAAUGAAAAAAAAUAAAAUUCUCCUAUUCGUUUCCCUUUUGCUACUAUCUUAAUGAUACAAAUUCAGAUUAAAAUGUCUGGUAAACGUUAAAGAUAAUUUUCCAUAUUGUAUUCUCAGAUGUAGGUAGUUAUUUGCAAAACGACGAAAAUCACCAGUUGAUUUUAAGCAGUUAUCCAAGGGCUACGGUUGACUUAACAAAACCACCGAAAACAAAAGACGGAAGCUAUCAAAACGAAACUCAUGUCCAAGCGUUGUAUUUUUUUUCUCUGUUAUAUUGAACAAAAAUCGUGGCCCAUGGUAAACUAAUUUCUUGUUAUAAACAUAUUCGCAACUGAUGCUUUAAGAAUCGAAUUUUCUUUUAAAAUAUCAUAGAAUAACUUUGUAUGUGUUUGCGUAUUUCUAAUAACAUCGAGUAAAGGGGCCUUUUUGUAGCUGGGUGGUACUUCUCAUGUUCAAAGUGUAAAAAAAAUACAAAAGAUUUCAAUUAAAAUAUUUUUUUUGUGUGAAAAGGAACGAAUACCUAUAACGGCUUUGUUUCGCACGUAGCCGUCAAGUAUUUUCGCUAGUCAAGGGAAUGUAGACGUUUGUUAUUAUUACAUUGACGUCGUAACAGCAAAAGCCUUGUAUAAAUAAAGCCUUCAUCAGCCAAUGUUCAAACAGCUGUAGCAUUGCUGGGCUAGCUUUUCACCUGCAAUGCUCGAAUGCUAUCGUGGUUAUAAAGGCUAAUCAGAUAAGUGUGUGACAUCACAGGAAACUAUUUCUCUGUGCUCGUCCCAGUCCCCUUAUCUUAUCCCCUAGCACAGGAGCCUCAAAAAGAACGGCGGGGACUAGACUAAACUCAAUUAAUUGACCUAAUAAAACAAUGUGAAACCAAA